UUAUGUUUUUAUUUUUCAGUGAAUAUGGCGGGGUCCCAGAAUUCAUUAACAAAGGGAGGAGGAGAUCUUUCUCCUACUAUGGAGGCGACAGAUAUGGAAGGUUCUGGAAGUUCAAAUAUUUUUAACUCUGACUUCAAGAAACAUGGAGAUCUGAGAGAGAUGUUGGACUCUAAUAAGGACUCCCAGAAGUUGGAUGCUAUGAAGAGAAUUAUUGCAAUGCUUGCAAAGGGACGCGAUGUGUCUGACCUGUUCCCCGCUGUGGUCAAGAAUGUUGCGAGUAAGAACAUCGAGAUCAAGAAACUUGUCUAUGUUUAUCUUUCAAGAUAUGCUGAGGAAAAACAAGAUCUUGCUCUGCUCUCAAUCUCCACCUUCCAAAGAGCGCUAAAGGACCCGAAUCAGCUGAUUAGAGCAAGCGCACUGCGUGUACUUUCUUCUAUCCGUGUACCCGUGAUAGUUCCCAUCAUGCUGCCAGCAAUCAAGGAGUCUGCUGUAGAUAUGUCUCCAUUUGUUAGAAAGACUGCUGCACAUGUUAUCCCUCUGCUGUACAUUUUAAGAUGAGAAAGAAAAAAAAAAAAAUUUCAGUGAAACUUUAUUUUCUCAUUUUCUAGGACAACCUUGGUGGUCGGCUCAGCAGCUAUGGCCUUCGAGGAAGUUUGCCCGGACCGUAUUGAUCUCAUUCAUAAAAAUUACAGGAAACUAGUAAACCUGCUGGUUGAUGUAGAGGAGUGGGGACAAGUUACUCUACUCAAUAUGUUGACUAGAUAUGCCAGAACCCAGUUUAUAGAUCCCAACCAGGGACUCGAGUAUUCGGAACAGGAUAAGGAGUUCUAUGAGAACAGUGAUGAUGAGGAUGAGGAGAAGAUUAUUAUUGAUGAUAACAAGAUCAGACCAGUGUACAAGAUGGACCCAGAUCACAGGUUGUUGUUGAGGAGUACUAAACCGUUGUUGCAGAGUAGGAAUGCCAGUGUAGUUAUGGCAACUGCACAGUUGUACUGGCAUCUGGCACCCAAACCAGAGAUCCAAGUUGUCUCUAAAGCCCUUGUUCGUCUUCUGCGUUCACACAAUGAAGUGCAAGCAAUUGUUCUACAUUCAAUAGCAUCUAUGACAAUAAAGGAUCCAGCCGGAGCACGUAGUUUUCAUCCCUUCAUACGUCAAUUCUUUGUGCGCGCAUGCGACCCUUCUCACGUCAAGAUCAUGAAGCUUGAAGUGUUGACCAACCUAGCGAGAGCGGACAACAUCUCCCUGCUCCUCCGGGAGUUCCAGUCCUAUAUCGCCGGUGGAGAGAAGAGUAGUGUAGCAGCGACUAUCCAGGCGAUAGGACGGUGUGCGGCGAGUAUACCUGAGGUGACCUCUACCUGUCUAUCUGGUCUGGUUCAGCUCCUAUCCUCACCAGACCAAGCUGUUGUAGCGGAGAGUGUUCUAGAAAUCAAGAAACUUCUUCAAACACAGGAGGAUGAGCAUACAGAUAUCAUUACACAGAUGGCAAAACUUAUCGACACCAUAGAGGUUCCGAGUGCACGUGCUGCAGUUUUGUGGGUGGUUGGAGAGUAUUGUCGCCGUAUCCCUCUAGUUGCUCCAGACGUGCUCAGAAAGCUCGCCAAAUCCUUCUGCGCGGAGACGGACGAAGUAAAGAUCCAGGUUCUAAAUCUAGCAGUUAAACUCUGCCUCACCAACUCCAAGCAGACAAAACUUCUAGCCCAGUACGUGCUUAACCUGGCCAAGUACGAUAUGAACUACGACAUCAGGGACCGAGCACGUUUCAUUCGCGCAUUUCUAUUCCCCGCUGAGCCCGGGAAUAUCCAGAAAAUGGCGAAGAGUAUAUUUCUGGCAGAGAAACCAGCGCCAAGUAUCGAGUCUAGGUUUAAGAACAGAGAGGCUUAUCAACUAGGUUCUUUAUCUCACUUUAUCAAUGCCCGGGCAGCAGGAUACCAGGACCUACCGGAGUUCCCGGAGCAGGCUCCAGACGCAACCCUGAGAAACGUGGAACCUGUCAAACCUACGGAAAAUCCUUGGAAGAAAGAAGAAAAGGCACCAAAGAAAGGAGGAAAAUUCUAUGAUUCUGACUCCUCCCAUAAACAGAAUGGAAAGAAGAUUGUCUCCGGUAGCUCUGGAACAUCCGACUCUGAGUCUUCUAGCUCUAGCUCUAGCUCUGACUCCGACACUGAGAUUAAACCUAAAGCGAAGAAACCGGUUCCAAAGAAGAUGGUUCCUGUCCCCAAACCAACCCCGGCUCCAGUCCGGAUUCAGAAACCAGCGGAGACAAGUGACUCCGACUCCAGUGAUGAAGAAGAAGAGGUUAAACCUAAACCCUCUAAACUCAACGGAACAAAACCUUCUGAACCUGCUGUUGCUAAACCUGACCCCCCUAGAUCCAACCUGGACCUGCUGCUGGACCUGGAUGCCCCUAUGGAGAUGAGUAUACCCGCUCUGACCCCUGUGACCGGGUCAGCUACCCCCUUGGCUCCGGAGAAGGAUGUACUAGACGCUAAACCCAUGUUUGUGUCUACUAGUUCAGUAGAACUCUUGAACAAACUCUCUACAGGAGGGGUUCAGGUGAACUACCGUUAUACUCGACACCCUCACAUCUAUGCAGCGGAUAUGAUGGCGAUAGAGUUUAACUUUAUAAACCAUGGUUCCGAAGAUUCAGGAGAGAUUAAGAUUGGUUCCAAGCGUCUAGCUCCGGGUCUCAGUUUACAUGAGUUCCCUGGAGUUUUAAACCUGACUCCUGGUCAGAGUCUGAACACAACACUGGGAAUCGAUUUUAGGGAUUCGACACAAUCUGGAAAUUUUGAUAUUGUGAUUGGGAACCGACCUCAUGCUGUCAACCUUCAGCCUCCUACUGGGGAGAUGCUUCGGCCUCUCAGGUUAGCUGAGACGGAGUGGAAGGAUAAGCAGAUGAAGCUACGAGGAAUGUGUGAGAUGAAAGGAAAGGUGGAGCUCCCCAGCCACGCCUGUGAUACACAAUCUAUCUGUUCUAGGAUAUAUAAGGCAGCAAACGUUAUACAGGUGCCUUCUAGUAGUGGUGAUAUUCUGCAGUUUGCUGGAAGUACCCUGGCUCAGAAACUGGUGGUUCUCAUCUCCAUCUCCUCCUCUACCAAUCUUGUCAUCAACACAGAGAACAUUGUCAUCGGAAACAUGUUACUCAAGGAGAUCAAGAACGCGCUUGAGAAAUCAUGAUCAAAACGCGCAUUAAAGUUUACGAUCUGAUCUGAUUUAUAGAUUUCGCCUUUACAUUAAAUUUAUUUAAUUUGUGUGAUUUUAGAUUAUUAAUUGUUGCUUUUACAAUUGUAUAUUUUAUUUUUAUAAUUGUGUUUUGGGAUUUUAUAAUAAUAUGCUUGUACUUCAGCUGCACAUUGAAUCGGAACUUAUGAACAAAUUACGUUUAUAACUUCCAUGCUUUUAUUAGUUAAGGUUAGAUUUGGUUAACAAAUAUUAUUUCGUCUUAUUUCGUUUUUCUGUCAGUGCUUGUAAACUCGUUACUGUUUAAAAAUAUUUGUAAAUUACGUGUAAAAGUAAUUUACAAUGUAGUUGUGUAGUUUUUUUUUAUAAGAAUUAAAAGCGUUAUUGUUUCGUUCUUUUAAGUUACCGAAACCAAAAAUAUCGUAGUUUUGAUAUCCUCAACGUAUUAUUGUAACAUGAAUUUUCUGGUGGAUUAAAUAAAUGUGAUUUCUCUUU